CCCGUACGAUCGCGAGUUGAACAGCAGACGAUACCAAGGACACUCAUUGAUUAAUCAUGGUCGCACACGCCUCUGCCAAGUCCGGCUCCAAGGAGUCCGGUGCCGCCCGUACCAUCGGUGCCGCCUCCGCCGGUAUCCUCGAGCUCGCCAUGUUCCACCCUGUCGACACCAUCGCGAAGCGUCUCAUGUCCAACCAGACCAGAGUCACGACCGCCGCUCAAUUUAACGACGUCAUCUUUAAGCAAAAGGCUCAAGCUUCUGCUGGUCAGAAGUUCGUGUCCCUCUUCCCCGGUCUCGGCUACGCGGCUGGUUACAAGAUUUUGCAGCGUAUCUACAAGUAUGGUGGACAGCCCGUGGCUAAGGACUACCUCGCCAAGCACCACGGUGACGAUUUCGACCGUCUGUUCGGACGUGGAAUGGGUAAGCCGAUCAUGUACGCUACCGCCGGUUCCUUGAUCGGCAUCGGAGAGAUCGUUCUCCUCCCCCUUGACGUCCUCAAGAUCAAGCGCCAAACCAACCCUGAGGCUUUCCGCGGUCGCGGUCUCUUCAAGAUCAUCGCCGAUGAGGGAUUCGGCCUGUACCGCGGCUGGGGAUGGACCGCCGCUCGUAACGCCCCCGGAUCUUUCGCCCUUUUCGGUGGUUCCGCAUUCGCAAAGGAAUACAUGUUCGCCCUCAAGGAUUACAACGAUGCCACCUGGUUCCAGAACUUUAUCGCCUCCAUUGCCGGUGCGUCUGCGUCGCUUACCGUCUCUGCGCCAUUGGAUGUCAUCAAGACUAGGAUUCAGAACCAGAAUUUCGAGGCGAAGGGUCGUGGUGUUGAAAUUAUGAAGAAUUUGAUUAAGAAUGAGGGUGCGGGUGCGCUCUUUAAGGGAUUGGUCCCGAAGUUGUUGACGGCUGGACCGAAGUUGGUGUUCUCUUACACCAUCGCCCAGACCUUGAUCCCCAUGAUCGAUACCGCCUUCGGUGGUGCCGCGAAGAACUAGACAAUCUUUUGAUAUAUACCCCUUGUCUGGUUUUCUUCUCCACUCUUCACU